AUGGCAGACUUUGAAGGCAUUUUGGCCAACAGCACAGACCCAGCACAAAACGCCGUGCACGCAUGUAUUCUGGCCGCGGUGGACAAACACGGAAAGCAGCUAUACUUCAAAGCCGCGGGACACCCCAACGUCGACGAUCCAUCCAGUCAAGUCGACCCGGACGCGACGCUAUGGAUCGCGUCGUGCACGAAGCUGAUCGGCACGGUUGCGGCGCUGCAGUGCGUCGAGCGCGGCCAAGUCGGGCUGGACGACCCCGUCGACAAGAUCCUGCCGGAGCUUGCGGCGCCCGAGGUGUUCUCGCCACCGCCCAAGGAAGGAGGAGAGUCCCUCGAGGGCUCACAACGCUUCGUCACGCAGCCCGCCACCAAGAAAAUCACCCUCAGACACCUCCUGACCCACAGCAGCGGGCACGCGUAUGACUUCAUGGACCCCCUGCUGGUGGCCUGGCGGGCCUCGAGGGGUGAGGGCGCCGUGUCCCUAGGCGCGCUCGUGGCAAAGGCACAUACUAUACCUUUACUCUACCAGCCUGGUGAAGGAUGGUCAUACGGCGGCGGCAUCGAUUGGGCCGGUGAGCUCGUCGCGCGUCUCAACAACACCUCACUAGAAGACUACCUGCAGGAGCACAUAUUCAAGCCCCUGGGCAUCCACUCGACGACGUUCCGCCUCGAGCGCCACCCGGAGAUCCAGGCGCGGCUGAUGCCCACCGUGGAGCGCAACGCGGACGGCACGUUCAAGAUGUCCCAGAAGAUGUGGCCGGACGAGGCGCCCGAGGACUGCGCGGGCGCGGGCCUCUACUCGACGGCGACCGACUACCUCGCCGUGCUGGGCGACCUGAUCCGCGACGAGCCGCGGCUGCUGAAGCGCGAGACGAUCGAAAAAUGCAUGUUCGCGCCGCAGUUCGCGCGGGGCUCGCCCUCCCUCGCCGCCCUGCUGGCCAGCACCCCCGUCGUCGCCGCCAUGACCGGCGCCGCGGACCCCACCGGCGGCAUCAACUGGGGUCUCGGCGGGCUGUACAUGGAGGACGACAUCGGGGUCCACCGCAAGGGCACCCUCACCUGGGGAGGCCUGCCGAAUCUGCUCUGGAUCAUGAACCGCGACCGUGGCGUCGCCGCCCUCUACGCCACCCAGCUGAUUCCCCCGGCCGACCCGAAGAAUAUCGCCCUGGCGAAUCACUUCUUCGACGAGGUCUUUCGCCUGGGCGCGACACAGGGUUGA